AUGCCAGGCCGAUUAACAGUCCGUCGGCCCUCUCCGACGACCGUCUCCUUCACAGUCUCCAAUGCGCCGCAGCGAUCGAAUUCCCCCGCCAAAAUCCUAUUCGGUCUCCAAAUCCUACUGCGUGCAGCUCUGUUCUUCUGUGUAAUAGGCACUGCGAUUGCGCGACUCCGACAUGCGUUCUUCUACGAGGAUGGCGGGGUGAUAGCUUGGCCAGCCGUGUGGUCCAGUCCGCUCGGUGCCAAAGUGUGUAAUCUGGCGGACUUUUACAACCCUCUGGCUAUGGCAGUGGGUGGAGUCUUUGUCAUAUAUUGCGUUUUCAGAAGAACUUAUACUGAGGAGUCCCUCCUGGUCAUUCGAGGAUUUGGAAUACAAACUUCGACAUCAUCUUCGACUUACCUUUCCACUGCAGCAACGAGGUUUAUUCCUACCACACAAAUUCAGGAUAUUGUGAUCCAUGAGGCUUUCAAGGGCUUCGAGGUUCGCUUCUACCUAGCUGUCAUUGUCGAAGGCGAGCCUGAUGCAUUGGUUGUCUUUCCGCACAUGUUACCCAAGAGGGAGAUCUUAGAGCAAGUAUGGAGAGGUUCACGGCGAUGUCUUUACGAUGCGAAGUCAUGA